AUGUCCAAUACAGAUGAUUGCACUUUGCAAACAUGUCCGUUAAGUGAUGGUUACAUCCAGUAUCAGCCUAACAUGGCUGGAAACAUCUUUUAUCUCGCUCUUUUCGCCAUCUUACUCAUUGGACAGAUCGGUACGGGUAUCGUAUUUCGAUCUUGGAGUUUCAUGGUGCCAAUGGUCGCGGGCCUUAUAUUGGAGAUCAUAGGAUAUUUGGGCCGAAUUCUCUUACAUGAUAACCCAUUCAGCUUCGAUGCUUUCUUGAUGUACUUGAUAUGUCUCACCAUUGCCCCGGCAUUCUUCACAGCUGGAAUCUAUCUAUGCCUCGGUCGUAUUAUUACAGCUUAUGGCGAAGAGUUCUCACGCUUGAAACCAAGAACCUACACCUACUUGUUCGUGACUUGCGAUUUGAUUUCCCUGAUCUUGCAAGCGGCCGGUGGAGCCAUCACUUCAAUUGCCGAGGAACAGUCACUUCACGAUACUGGUGUCAACAUCAUGAUCGCUGGACUGGUCUUUCAAGUUGCAUCGCUGGUAGUGUUCUCUAUUCUAGCGAUUGAGUAUGGAGUCCGGGUUUUACGAGGAAGACGCCUGCAUUCCCCUACUCAGGAACGGCCGGCAAGCUGGAUGAGGAGAUCGUUUUUACUUGGUUUGACAUCUGCCAUUCUAACUAUAUUGAUUCGAUCUUCAUUCCGAGUGGCCGAGCUCCAGGGUGGAUUUGAGAGUAAAUUGGCCAACGACGAGGUAGCCUUGAUGAUCCUCGAAGGCGCUAUGGUUUCAAUUGCGUGCAUUUGCUUGACUGGUCUACAUCCAGCUCUGCUUGUGGGUAAAAAUUGGAGGACGCCUCAGGCAAUUUCACGAGACAUGGAAAUGGAGGAUAAAUAA